CUAUUUCCGGGUAAACAUUCUUGCAAAUUUGUUAUUUUACACAUCCAAUAAAUGCCGAUUUUUACCUAAAUACUGAAGAUAAAGUUAAAUUUCUUGUCCAACUGAUGAAAACUGUUAUAAGAUAUCGUCGACAACAAGGUAGACGGAGCUGACCAACUGACAAGUGACCGAUACCUCUCCCCUUGUUGGAUGGGACUUUUUGCUUGAAGACCCAGACUCCACCCUUUGACCGUUGACUGAUAAAACUUUCAAGAUGAUGGAGCUGAACCUGUCACGGGUUGAUUAUGUCCAGGUUGGCAUAACCUCCCAGAAGUCAAUGAGACUACUGCCAUCUGGUGGGAAGAAGGACGCACUACAGAAAGUCGCGGUGUGCGACCAAAAUGGCGUGCUGCAAUGUUUUGGCAUGAAGAGAAGCGAAACACAGCAUGUUUUCAAGACCUUGCCAAGCACCAAUAAACUGACGAGGAUGGAACUUGGAGGACCUGUUGGACAACCAAGGGAGAAAAUCUUUGUAGCUUGUGGAUCCGAGGUCCGAGGUUAUACAAGAAGGGGAAAACAGUUUCUGGGGUUUGACACAAAUCUCACGGAAAAUAUCAAUUCUAUGCAUGUUGAAGGCUCAGAUCUGUUCACCUGCGGCAGCUACAUCUUCAACCACUACCGUGACUGCAAGGACGUGAAUUAUUUCCUAUGCGGCGAUAAGAUCAACGAUGUGAUAUGCUUGCCCACUGAGAAGGUGACUGAGGUAACGCCGGUGUUGGCGUGUCAGGAUCGUGUCCUCAGGGUACUUCAGAACUCUGAACUGCUUUAUGAAGUGGAGGUCCCUGGUCCACCAUCCUGUCUCUGUCUCUAUGGUAACCAUGGAGGUGAUGAAGGCAAUGAACUCCUCUAUGGAACAGCAGACGGCAAGAUAGGCUUGGUCCAAAUAAGCAGGAAGUUUGACAGGGUUUCUCCUAAUCACAGAUGGGUGGUACCGAAUGAAAAGCGCAGUGGCGGUGUCCUGAGUCUCGACAAUUAUGACAUCACAGCGGAUGGCGUCCUAGACCUGUUGGUUGGACGGGACGAUGGCCUGGUUGAGGUCUAUGGUUAUGAUGAAGCUGAUGAGCCUGUCAAGCGAUAUAGCACAUUGUGCAGUGAGAGUGUGACUGCUGUCCAAGGUGGCGUUGUGGCAUCUGCUGGGUAUGAUGAGGUCAUCUGUUCAACAUAUGCAGGCUGGAUUUAUGGGCUAACCACCAAACCGUGGUUUCAUGAACUUGUCCUGCCCAAAAAUGCAACAACAAUUAGUGAAGACACAAAGCAAAACAUUUUAAUUUUAAGAUCUGACCUUGAAGAACUGCAACAGAAAGUGUUGAAAGAGCGUGAAAAAUAUCAAAGCACCGCUCAGAGCAAGAAUGCAGUGUCAGCCGUCCCAAAGUUUAACAUCAACGAUAAAUACGUCCUUGAUCGUGAAGAUGCGAGUUAUACUCUGAGUCUUGAGGUUCAGAUGGCAAUUGAUAAUGUGCUGUUACAGAGUGAUGUACCUAUUGACCUGUUGGAUGUAGACAAGAACUCAGCAGUGGUCAGUUACAGUCAGUGUGAUCCCGAGCAAGGCAAUUUCCUACUUGCCACAUACAGAUGUCAGGCCAACACGACACGAUUAGAAUUGAAAGUGCGCUCGAUCGAGGGGCAGUACGGCAUGUUGCAGGCAUACGUCACACCGCGUCUGCAGCCGAAGAUCUGUCAGGUCAAGCAGUAUCAUAUCAAGCCGUUAUCAUUACAUCAGCGGAUGCACGUCUUUGAUGAAGAAAAGCCACAUAACACCCUGAAGUUGACAGGCAACUUCAGUUUGGCUGAGAUGCAUUCGUGGGUGUGUUUCUGCCUUCCUGAACUCCCUGAGAGAACCCCAGCUGGUGACUCCUGCACCUUUCAGUUCACCUCAACAUUCUUGAAUACACAGUUGCAGUGCUGUUACAGGAAAGGCGAUGCAUUGUUCCGAUCUGACAACAUUUCCACCAUCUCCAUCCUGAAGGACGUCUUGACCAAGGAGGCUACAAAAAAGAAAAUCAGGCUCGACAUAACAUAUGACAUCAACGAGGAAUCCAUCCCGCACACGCUGCAGUUGAUCCAUCCAAAGUUAGAGUACCAACUUCUCCUUGCCAAGAAAGUACAGCUCAUCGAUGCACUGAAGGAGUUGCAAGUGCAUGAAAACGACACAUCGUUCAUGUCGCCAGAGUACCAACAGAUUCUAAAAGAUGCCGACUCUUUACAAGCGGAAUACAAACGUCAGCCAUGCCAUUUGGAGAGGCUCUAUGGCAUGAUCACAGAUCUCUUCAUCGACAAAUUCAAGUUCAAAGGUCAAAACGUGAAGACCCGCGUCCCAGUGCUGCUGGAAGUUCUUGACAAUUAUGAUCUGAAUACGCUGAUUGGGUUCUUCCAGUCACAGGACUAAGGGGAAUGAUUGAGCUGCCAUCCUUUGCUCCGUCUGUCCAAGGAGUGGAAAAAUGGAACUUUAGCAGCAAUUUCUCAUUCUGUCUUUCCCAUGAGUGAGGGAGAAAAAUGACUUUACCUGCCAUCAUUCGCAUUGUCUGUCCUAGGAGUGAAAUGAAAACAAUGACUUUAGCAGCUGUUCCUGACGCUGUCAUUAGCAAGUGUAAGGACAAAACACCGACUCCUUUUAGCAGCUGUCCGUCACUCUGGCCCGUUUGUUGGAAAGAAUGUUAGCUCAUAACAUCAUGCAGACAUGUCGUUUCCUGUACAUCAAUGCACAUGUAACAACAUGUCGACAUGAUGUUUUAAGCGAACAUGCUUAAACAACUACGCCCUGGUUUUCCCAGUUGCUGCAUGUAGAUGUUGAGGCCGUCCAUGUUUUUACUUAGUGCCUGUGAUUUCUGUCCCUGUGUAGGGAUCUUGUUGUGAUAAUAAAUGAUGUUGUGAAUA